AUGCCGACGGCUUUUCAACAUCCUUUUCAAGAAUCACAAUUUGACCUUUUCGACUGGUACCCCAAAUUUCGAGAGUGCCAGAACCAUUUCAUCCGCCAUGCUCAGCAUACCGCCCCAGUGCAGGCAGUGGCAGCCUUUGUGAACAUCCUGCUUCCCUUUCAACAAGCCCGGAGCCGCGAAACCGCGGCCGCCGAGGCCGACACGAGGCAGGCUGGGCUCUCGAUCGGCCCCGUGACCCUCGUGCCCUAUGUCCGCCGCCUGGUCGCCACCGGCUUCGACACGCCCGCCGUCCUGCACGGGUUUUUCGGGGACGCGUGGAGCGAGGGAGUCGGGCAGAUCCACGAGAUGGAGAGGAGAAAUUUCUUGUUCGCUGCCAAGUCGGACAACUGGGUUACGGUCAAGUCGAGCUACGACAUUGCCGGCGGUCAGAAUGUCCCGUUCCUUCGGCCCCUGCAGGGCGUAACGGAGCUGGAAAUCCAACGUGCCGAGUCAAACUGGAGCGAGUGGCUAUCCAUGUCAGACUGGAUGCUAGGACCUCGCGCGCUGGAUAGCGGCACCGAGUCUAAGUGA